AUGUUCUUUGCUGCAGCAAACAACAUGAUGAUUGCAGCAUCUGCCGCGCAGAUUGCACAUCUAGACUGCCUCCGUCCCGCGACUUCUGCUACCCUCACUACAGCGACGCCCCCAACUACGCAAAGCCGUGAUACCUCCAGCAGCAUCGGCCAUCUUGAACAACCACACGGCUUCUCCAAACCUGUCAUUGACGCUGCUGUACGACUGCAACGCCACGCUCCCGCUCCCGUACCACGCGCCCGCCGCCACACCCAACGCUCUCGACUGCAUAAGUAUCAAGCUUGCGCCAGCUGCUCUUCAACCACACCACACCUCGGCGGACCCGCUUCCAAGCUGUUGCCUGUCUCUGUCUUGCGCCAGCGCAUCUCCAUCCAGACACCAACCUGCAGCGCCGAGCCCACGAGACUUGCUACAAGCUCUCCUGCUCUGCUCCCGGCACUUAUUAACCUCUCGACCUCGCCCUCGCCGCCCUGUGCAACCGUCUCGUCCUCUCGCUCGUCACACUCCAACAUGCACGCCGUCGUCUCCUAG